AUGGACAAGAUGAUGGCGAUUCUCGGGGACAUCAGCAAUAGAAUGAUACGCUUGGAGUUGUCCCAGAGAGAGCAAGCCGAGAGGGACGUCAGGGAACCUUCGGAGUCUUUUUUCAAUUCAGUCCUGGGAGCUGGAUUGACUCUCAAAGCUUUGGAUGGAGAUCUUCCCCGGAAGAAGUAUCCAACCGAUUUUGAAGCAAGGCGUCAAGACUUCGGAUAUGUUGGCGUGCAUCGUGGCGAAUACGGUGGCGCGGAAGCCAGGAUGGGUGCGGUGCCGGAACCGACAAACCCCAGGCAAGAAACAUCCCCGGACAUAUACCCCGGUGUCGGCAUGCCUGACAGGUUUUUUGCCGACGAAGACCCUCAAGUCUACGGGAUGCCGGACGCGAAGGAUCGGAAACUCGCACUUCAAUCAUUCGACGUCAAGGAGCUCUACCUGUGA